AUGAUUUCUUCUCACAAUGGGAAAGAGACCAGGUGCAGUAGGGAUUCCGAAGGAAUAAGGGAUGCUAUGUAUGAAUGCUUUGAAGGACCUUAUGAUCCAAGCAGAAGAUACAUCAUAUGUAUCCAAGGCCCUACAUCGACUGGAAAGACAACAUUUGCCAGAAGACUCCAUGGAUUGCUAAGUAGGGGCGGGAUAAGCGCCUAUGCCCUUGGAUUAGAUUCUUACUACUUUAAGCCUCUGAAUCCGGAUCUUGACGAAGAGGACUAUGAUUUUGACAAUCCAGGGGCACUUGAUUGGAGAAACAUCUUUGAUGUUCUGAAGGCAUUAAGAGACAGGGAGCCGUUUAUUGAGCACAACGUUUACUCUGCAUCUUCUUAUGGAGAGGUCUCCGUGGUAAGAGAACCAAACACGAUGCCAAAUGUGAUAAUAAUUGACGGAGUACAGGCGUUUAACACCAUUAACAGUAAGAUUUUCAAUAUCAAGGAAUUUGAUCCGUAUGACACUGAAAAGGCCAUCAGCAACGAAUUUGUGGAUAACUUUCUUAGAAUGGAUGACUUCAAGAUACUCAAGAUCCUUAUGACCAACUGUGCAUCACGGAUUCUUUCAGUGAAACUCAGAAGGGAUGAGUUGAUAGGGAGAAGGAGAGAUGCAAUAGUUAAAAGGUUUUAUUCGAAGACAUUCCCAAGCACCUUAAGGUGGAUAUAUUCACCUGUAUACAGUAAUUUCAUCAAGAUUAUACAUGGGAACUUCAAUCAUGAGAAGGUUGAAUUGCUAAUGAACGAGUUGAGCCUGUAUUUCUUUGGGAUGAAGAUAGUGGUAGACGAAUCUAAAGAGAUGGACCUGAGCAGUGAAUUUAGAGUUGAGUGUACGGGCGAAUGUGAAUACGGAGGAAAGGCUUGCAUUGUCUUGGAUGACAAGAUUGCAGUUCCGCAAUGGAUGGGAAGGUCUUGA